CAACGGGGAGGGAGGGGGAGCGGAGGCGGAGCGGCCGCACCACGUGACGCCGGCGGGGCGCAGCGCUCGGCCUCGCGGGUCACGUGAGAGGGGCAGCGAAGAUGGCGGCGGGCGGGCUGUGCGCGAGGAGCAGCAGAGAAUUGUGGACAAUUCUCCUGGGCAGGUCAGCUUUAAGAGAACCAGCACAGAUUGGAUCAGAACUGAACAAGCACUGGCAGAGAUUGUUAGAAGGGCUUUCAUACUACAAACCUCCAAGUACAACUUCAGCAGAGAAGAUAAAAGCUGACAAAGAUGUAGCUGCUCCACUAAAAGAGUUGGGCCUGAGGGUCAGCAAGUUUUUGGGUCUGGAUGAAGAGCAGAGUGUGCAGUUGUUGCAGUGUUAUCUUCAGGAGGAUUACAGAGGAACAAGGGACUCCCUGAAGACAGUUCUUCAGGAUGAAAGGCAGAGUCAGGCUCUGAUGUUGAAGCUUGCUGACUAUUACUACGAAGAGAGGAUCUGCAUUCUGCGCUGUGUUCUCCAUCUGCUCACUUAUUUUCAGGAUGAGAGGCACCCUUAUACAGCACAGUACUUCCAGUGUGUCGAAAAGUUGGAGAAGGAACUAGUUCCUAAUUACCGUAAACAGUUUGAAGAACUGUACAAAGCUGAAGCUCCUACAUGGGAAACACAUGGAAAUCUCAUGACAGAACGUCAGGUUUCCCGUUGGUUUGUGCAAUGCCUCCGUGAGCAGUCCAUGCUCCUGGAAGUCAUCUUCCUCUACUAUGCAUACUUUGAAAUGGCACCUGAUGAGCUUCUGGCAUUUGCAAAGUUGUUCAAGGAGCAGGGAUUUGGCACUAGACAAACCAACAGGCAUUUGGUAGAUGAGAGCAUGGAUCACCUGGUGGAUCGUAUUGGCUACUUUAGUGCUCUUAUUCUGGUGGAAGGCAUGGAAAUUGACUCCCUCCAUGAACGAGCUUUGGAUGAUAGGACAGAAGAGCACAAGUUAGCCAGUAAUGCACAUAUCCACCAGGAAAUGGACAAUCAGCUGCUGCAGCUAGGGGAUGUCUCACAUCAUGCUCCAGUACUUUUGGCUUGGGCUCUGCUCCGUCAUACCAUAAAUCCUGAGGAAUCAGCCAAUGUUAUCAGGAGAAUGGGCAGCACUGCUAUCCAGCUCAAUGUGUUCCAGUACCUGACAAAGCUUCUGAAAUCACUUAGCAGUGGGGGCAAGAAUUGUACAGUCAGCACAGCCUGUAUGUGCGUUUAUGGGCUUCUUUCCUUUGUCCUGACAUCGCUGGAAUUGCAUACAUUGGGCAAUCAGCAAGAUAUAAUUGAUGCAGCAUGUGAAGUUCUGGCAACUUCCAGCAUUCCUCAGCUCUUCUGGAAGACAGAACCGACUGCAGGUCUGGGUAUUAUCCUGGACAGUGUAUGUGGGAUGUUCCCCCACCUUCUUACUCCUCUCCUUCAGCUGCUCCAGGCUCUUGUGUCAGAUAAAUCUACUGCAAAAAAGGUGUACAGUUUCCUGGAUAAAAUGUCUUUCUACAUAGAACUCUACAAGCAUAAACCUCCUGAUGUGAUCUCUCAUGAAGAUGGCACCCUGUGGCGAAGGCAGGCUCCAAAGCUCCUCUAUCCUCUGGGACUAGGUCAGACAAAUUUGCGGAUACCUCAGGGAACAGUGGGCCAAGUGAUGCUGGAUGAUCGAGCUUAUUUAGUACGAUGGGAGUAUUCCUACAGCAGCUGGACACUGUUUACCUGUGAGAUUGAAAUGCUGCUCCAUGUUGUAUCCACAGCAGAUGUGAUUCAGCAUUGCCAGAGGGUCAAGCCAAUCAUUGAUCUGGUUCAUAAAGUCAUCAGCACUGAUGUAUCCAUAGCAGAUUGCCUUCUGCCAAUCACAUCACGAAUCUACAUGCUGCUGCAGAGGCUGACAACUGUAAUCUCUCCCCCUAUGGACGUUAUUGCUUCUUGUGUCAAUUGUUUGACAGUACUGGCUGCACGGAUGCCAGCCAAGGUUUGGACUGACCUUCACCAUACGGGCUUCUUGCCAUUCGUUGCCAAUCCAGUGUCCAGUAUGAAUCACAUGAUAAGUGCAGAGGGAAUGAAUGCUGGGGGCUAUGGAAACCUGCUGAUGAGCAUAGAGCAGCCUCAAGGCGAGUACAGCGUUACCAUCUCCUUCCUGAACCUCAUCACGACUCUGGUCCGGGGACAGCUUGGUAGCACUCAGAGCCAAGGGCUUGUGCCCUGCAUUGUGUUUGUCCUGAAGGAGAUGUUACCAAAUUACCACAAAUGGCGUUACAACUCUCAUGGAGUGAGAGAGAAAAUCGGGUGCCUCAUUCUACAAUUGAUUCAUGCAAUACUGAAUUUAUGCCCAGAAAUGGAUCCUCGCAGUAGCAAUGUGCCCAGCCUUCAGUCCUUGUGCAUCUUCAGUCUGGCCAACACUGAAGCAGGGCAAGCUGUCAUUAACAUCAUGGGGAUUGGUGUGGACACUAUUGACAUGGUAAUGGCCUCCCAGUCUAGUAGUGAUGAGUCACAAGGCCAAGGCCAGCUGCUGAUACAAACUGUGAAGCUGGCAUUCUCAGUCACCAAUAAUGUCAUACGAUUGAAACCCCCCUCUAGUGUGGUAUCUCCACUAGAACAGGCACUCACUCAGCAUGGUGCUCAUGGAAACAAUCUUAUUGCUGUCUUGGCCAAAUACAUCUACCACAAGCAUGACCCUGCGCUGCCACGCCUGGCCAUCCAGCUGCUCAAGCGACUGGCUACGGUUGCUCCCAUGUCUGUUUAUGCCUGCCUUGGUAGUGAUGCUGCUGCCAUCCGCGACGCCUUCCUCACCCGCCUGCAGAGCAAAAUUGAGGACAUGCGUAUUAAGGUCAUGAUACUGGAAUUCCUUACAGUUGCAGUGGAGACACAGCCUGGGCUCAUCGAGCUCUUCCUGAACUUGGAAGUGAAGGAUGGCAGUGAUGGCUCAAAGGAGUUCAGUCUGGGGGAGUGGAGUUGCCUCCAAGUAGUCUUAGAGCUGAUAGACUCCAAACAACAGGAGAGGUACUGGUGUCCUCCCCUCCUGCACCGUGCUGCCAUUGCCUUCCUGCACGCCCUGUGGCAGGACCGCCGAGACAGUGCCAUGCUGGUUCUGAGGACAAAGCCGAAGUUUUGGGAAAAUUUGACUAAUCCACUGUUUGGGACUCUUCCUCCGCCUUCAGAGACGUCAGAGCUCAGUGUCUUGGAUACCUGUGCCUUAAUCAUGAAAAUCAUCUGCUUGGAGAUCUACUAUGUUGUCAAGGGCUCCCUGGAUCAGUCCCUGAAAGACACGCUGAAGAAUUUCUCCACCAAAAAGCGCUUUGCUUAUUGGUCAGAAUAUGUGAAAUCACUGGCCUAUUAUGUGGCAGAGACAGAGGGCAGUAGCUGUGCCUCCAUGACAGAAUAUCAGAUGCUCAUCUCAGCCUGGCGGAUGCUGCUGAUUAUAUCCACUAGCCAUGCGGAUAUAAUGCAUCUCACUGAUCCUGCGGUUCAUCAGCAGUUGUUUCUGGAUGUGCUAAAUGGGACCAAGGCUUUGCUUCUAGUUCCCACGUCGGUAUCUUGUCUGCAGCUGGGCUCUAUGCUGUGUACUCUUCUUCUCAUCCUGCUGAAGCAGUGGAAGAGCGAGUUGGGUUCUGUGGAUAAAAUCAUAAACUCCUUGACGCAGAUUCUGGAGGGAGUACUACAGGCAGAUCAGCAGAUGAUGGAGAAAACCAAAGCCAAAGUGUUCUCAGCUCUUAUCACUGUGCUGCAGAUGAAGGAGAUGAAAGUGAAUGAGAUCCCUCAGUACUCCCAGCUGGUGCUGAGUGUGUGUGAAACACUCCAGGAUGAGGUCAUUGCACUCUUUGAUCACACUCGACACAGCCUGACCUUUGGGGAUGCCACAGAUGAUAAGGACAGCAUGGAAACAGAUGAUGCCUCCCGAGUUAAACAUAAGGACCAGCGAGAUGGGGUUUGUGUUUUGGGUCUGCAUCUUGCAAAAGAGCUCUGUGAAGUUGAUGAUGAUGGAGACUACUGGCUGCAGAUUACUAGGAAAGUCCCUGUGCUUCCUACCAUCUUUACUGCUUUGGAGAUCAGCCUGAGAGUUAAACAAAACCUUCACUUCACAGAGGCCUCAUUACAUCUGCUGCUGACCUUAGCAAGGACACAACAGGGAGCAGCAGCAGUGGCUGGGGCUGGUGUCACACAGAGUGUCUGCCUGCCCCUUCUGAGUGUGUACCAGCUCAGCAGUAAUGGAGCCAUUCAGACAUCUGCUUCGUCUCGGAAGUCCCAGGAUGCUCCCUCUUGGCCUGGGGUCUAUCGCCUCUCCAUGUCACUGAUGGAGCGUCUCCUCAAGACACUCAGAUACAACUUUUUGACAGAAGCAUUGGACUUUGUUGGUGUCCAUCAAGAAAGGAUUCUUCAGUGCCUGAAUGCAGUACGGACAGUACAGAGCUUGGCUUGUCUGGAGGAGGCUGAUCACACUGUUGGCUUCAUUCUCCAGCUCUCAAAUUUCACAAAGGAGUGGCAUUUCCACCUGCCACAGCUAAUGAGGGACAUGCAGGUGAAUCUGUGUUACCUGUGUCAGGCCUGUACCUCCCUCCUGCACAGCCGCAAAAUGCUCCAGCACUACCUGCAGACAAAAAAUGGUGACUCCCUUCCAUCAAGUGUGACUACACGAGUGCAGCGUAAUCCCCAAACCUCCUCCAAACACCCCAGCCCUGAGUCAGAGGCAGCAGAGCAGAAGGCACUGCUUAUGGUGCAGUACAGCCUCUUGAAAAUCCUCAGCAAAUCUCUUGCUGCUCUGCGCCACUUCACCCCCGAUGUCUGCCAGAUACUUCUCGAUCAGUCACUGGACCUUGCUGAGUACAACGUGCUCUUUGUCUUGAGUUUCACCACACCAGCCUUUGAUUCGGAUGUUGCACCUUCCUUUGGGACCCUCCUUGCCACAGUCAAUGUGGCCCUCAACAUGCUAGGAGAGUUGGAUAAGAAGAAGGAACCUUUUCCUCAGGCUGCAGGGCUGAAUAUGCAAGAGGGAACCAAAACUCUCAAGUCUCUGCUCAUGUUUACAAUGGAGAACUGUUUCUACCUGCUCAUCUCCCAGGCUGUUCGGUACUUGAGAGACCCAGCUGUGCAUCCCCGCGAUAAGCAGCGGAUGAAACAGGAGCUGAGCUCUGAGCUGAGUACACUGCUUUCCAGCUUGUCUCGUUAUUUCCGCCGUGGUGGUCCCUCCUCACCUGCCAGUGGGGUUCUUCCCUCUCCCCAGGGGAAGUCUGCCUCUAAGCUGGGGCCUGAGGGGCAGGAGCCUUUGUUUCAGCUCGUGCAGGCCUUUGUCCGGCACGUGCAGAGAUAGAUGCUGUUCUGCCACAGCCUCCCUUUCCAGGACUUGCACCAGAACGAUUCAUAUCCACCACAGAAAGCAUCACCCUUGGCAGAGCUUGUAACAAGGACUGGGGCAGGGAGGGAGGCCUGAUUUGGGCAGCGUUGGAUACCAAGCUGUAACAUCAGCAACAUGAUCCUGUUGAACUCCUGCAGAGCAGUGAAUGUAAGGAGAACUGCGAGGGGCUCCUCAGAUUGACCAGUGCACAGCCUGCCUGCUCCAUCUGCAAGAGCAUCCUGGCCAGGUACAAGUGCUGAACAGUCAAAACCUUUAUUUUUAUAGCUUGUACCUCAGCUGGGGAAGCUCUGGCUGAUGGAAUGAGAGGACAGACCCUCCUCUGGGCAUUAACUCUGCUAUUAACACAAGGUGCAGUCGGCCCCUCCCUCCCAGUCAGAGUCCAGUUAAGGCACAACCUAGGGAUCAGCCAGCAAUUCAGAGACCAUCUUUCUACUAUUUUUGUACUGAGUGGUUCAAGGCAAGAUGGUGUAUGUGUGCUCACGCCUCCCCUUCACCCUUCAGUCUGUGUGUUGUGUGUUUCUGAAGAGCAAGGCCUCACUCAAAGUUUUUAAGUCAAAAUUCCAUUGCUCUAGUCUUGCAAUUUUUUUGUAACUGUGGCCUAUUUAUACUGAUAUUAAAACCUUUAUAGACAGCAGCUGGGUUUGUGGUCUUGUAUCCUGCAACACCAGGCUCUGCAUCUUCUGUGAAGUUCUGUGUCAGUUGAGCUGAAGUACUGUGAUUCUGUGAUUCUGUCUAACAGCAAGGUGAGUUGUGGCUUGCGAGUGACAGUGCAGGUCGAAGAGAUUAUAUCAAAGGUUGAUUCCUUUGGCUUUCCCACACCACCUCUUUCUCUGGCACACUGGGGAGCUUGUUGGUUUUAAACAAGCAUUGCUAUGCCCUACUCUUUAAGAAUGAUUCUUCUGCCAGGUUGCUCUGUGCACAGGUCCACACUGCUGCUGGAGCAGGAGUUCCAGCUAGGACUUGGAGUUGGUUGCAGUGACAUUCUAUCACAGUUGUCUCUCUCAAGCUGAUCAACAAACUCUUUCAGGUUCCGAAGCUCAACAUGUGAUGGAGACAGGAAGAGAAGGUGAGUGCUUAUUGCAUAAAAUAAUCUCUGAAACUCAGACUUCUUUAAGGCAAGAAAUCAAAUGGAAAUGUAAUUUGUGAACCACCCACCUAAAGCUCUAUCCUAAAGAAAUUCUUGGUUGCUUUCCCGGUCAGAACCUUUUUAAUUUUUACGCUUUUAAGAGAGACCAGUGAUAGUACUGGAUGGUGUUGCUUUAAGGGUUGUUAUUUUCCUGGUAAGCUGAAGGGAUGGUGAUAUUCUAGCACACAUCUGAUGUAGUUUUACUUGCCCUUGACUCCAGCCAGCUAGCUCCAAGUCUCCAUGUGGAAGGAGAGGCACUUCCAGAAACUCAUUAGAGUGAGAACUUAGGGGGCUAGGCAGAAGUCCUUGGUGCCACACUGCAAACAGUGGCAGAUGCAAUUGGUUGUAUUUAGAGCUGUACUGUUUCUUUAGAUAGAAGCAUUGCAUCUCUUAACUGACCUUUACCUGCCUCUCAGCCACAGAAGGGCUUGGAGCAGUAUUAAGCUGGAGGGGAACCCUUUGGGUCAGGGGGCUGCAAUCUCCUGUAGGAGUUAUGGGUGGCUCACCAUAACACUUGCAAAUAAGCAGACAGGAGUGCAGUCUUUUUACAGACAGCCUGUUAGUUCCAAACCUGAAACACCACCAGACUUUUCCUGUGCCUUUCCUAAUGACAAAGGAAAGGAGUGCUGGUGCUAGGUAGACUUGGUAGACUUCCUUCUGCCUGAGGUGCAUUUUCUGCAUCAUUAGGUGUUGCUGCUGUUCUUUCUGUAAUACACCACAGAGAGGAAUAACAGGGUUGUAACUGGACUUGGGAAUAGGUAUCUACAGUGAAGCUGUAUCACUGCAAUUGUAAAACGAAAACAGUGAAAGUUGAUUACCCGUUAGCUUUGUUAAACUGUAGAAAAGCAGAGUUAUUGCUACAUUACAGAGCAUUGUAAUGGCUUCAUCUCCCAGGAGUUCCUUCUAUCCCUCCUUUCCAACUGGGGGCUAGGGACGAGGCUUUAAGGUUUUAGAUUAGCAGCAGAGGUAGUUUCCAUAACAACAAAAAGGGUUGUUAGAUGUUGGAUAACAUUCCCAGUCUCUCAGCAGCUAAAGUCAUUCUGCUGCCCUAUUUUUGCUUUAGGUUAAGGAGGACCUAUUUCUCAGAAUUCAUGAAUCUGUAGUACAACUGAGAUGUGUCAUCUGGAAAGGAACUGAAAGACAUUAAUAAGCUUAAGGCACAUUGAGAGUUUCAGGGAGGAUUUGGAGCUUUGUUUUGCUUUUACACCCAGCUUCCAAGACCAGGAUGGC